UGUGUAAGCCCACAUGUUGAUGCUUCCUAAAGAAUAACAACGGAUGGUGGACUCAGCGAUGGGGGAAAUACCGUGCUAUAAAUACAUUACAAGUGCUGUGCCUGAGUCUUGGAGCGGUUGGUGGUGGCUGGCGGACCUGGAUUUGAGAUGCCCUAAAACUGGUGUCAACAGUAAGCAAAGGAAAUAAAUGAUCUGCGGCUGCAGCUGAGGGGAGCAACAAGCGGACCGAAGAAAGUUCGCUCGAGUCUGGAUUUAACUCCCGGUCAAGGCUUCGGCUAAUUAAUGAAAAAGAGAGGGGGGCAUUGUCCGUUUCUUGAUGGAGCUACUUCGCUUUUCCGCUUUCUGGUGUGGAGCAAUACUCUGUGGUAGUAUUGUGCUCGAGCAGGCGGAUGCCUAUAUUUUAAAAAUAAGGCGGCUGUGCAAGUUCUGCGAUGUACAAGCAACCAGCUGCGCCGGUCGAGGAAGCUGCAAGGUGGAGUGUGACAUUACUUCCAUUUGCACCAGUGACGACGACGUGUGUGUUGCCAUUUGGAGGAAGAAAGAUGACAAUGUCACGUUCGACACUGUCUGCCACAACCCAGCUCACAAGCUGUACGGCCUGGUCCUGGAGGACUACAACAACAGCAAGUGUGAAAUGAAAGAAAGAAAAGGCAUGGGCUCGUCAUUCUUCAUGUGCUCCUGCUCAGAGGAUGAGUGCAACGAGAAUAUCAUCUUUAACACCUACAUGGAUUCACAGGUCGCUGUCAUCUUAGUGAGCCUGGUUCCUCUUCUGGUCAUGGCCAUUGUGGUGAUUACCUCUUUCUACUGUUACCGGGUUUACCGCCAGCGCAGAGCUAAUGCGAAACGCAAGAAAGGUACUCCACUGGAUUUCAGUGACGCUCAUGCCAUCAUGGGGGACGAAGAAGGUUCCGACAGCAGCUCGACGCACGCCAACAACCUCAACCACAAUACCGAGUUGUUGCCCAUCGAACUGGACGUCCAGGUGGGGAAAGGUCGUUUCGCUGAAGUUUACAAAGCCAAACUUAAGCAGGGAUCCUCGGUCAGCGACGAGCAGGGUUUCGAGACGGUGGCGGUCAAGAUUUUCUCUUACGAGGAGUACGCCUCCUGGAAAAAUGAGAAGGACAUAUUCUCGGACGCUGACCUGAGGCACGAAAACGUGCUCCACUUCCUGACGGCGGAGGAAAGGAAGAUACAGAGACAGUACUGGCUGAUCACGGCGUACCAGCCAAAAGGCAACCUCCAAGAGUACUUGAGCCACAAUAUUAUUAGCUGGCAUGACUUGUGGGUACUUGGGGGAUCGCUGGCUAGGGGACUAGCUCAUCUUCACAGCGACCACUCACCUUGCGGCCGCUACAAGGUGCCGAUUGCACACAGGGAUAUUAAGAGCUCGAACAUCUUGGUGAAGAGUGACUUGAACUGCUGCCUGUGCGACUUUGGCCUCGCGCUCCGUUUGGAUAAUUCACUGUCUGUGGAUGAGUUGGCCAACAGUGGACAGGUGGGAACAGCCAGAUACAUGGCUCCAGAGGUCUUGGAGUCCAGAAUCAACCUAGAAAAUAUCGAGUCCUUCAAACAGGCUGACGUGUACUCUAUGGCGCUUGUACUGUGGGAGAUGAUCUCCAGGUGCAGCGCUAUUGGAGAGGUUAAAGAGUAUGAGCCACCUUUUGGAAACCUAAGAGAGCACCCAUGUGUAGAAAGCAUGAAGGACAGCGUGCUCCGGGACAGAGGAAGACCUGAAAUUCCUAACAGUUGGAUCAACCACACAGGCAUCCAGCUGGUUUGUUCCUCCAUAGACGACUGCUGGGACCACGACCCAGAAGCCCGUCUGACAGCCCAAUGUGUCGCCGAGCGCUUCGAAGACCUGGAGUACCUGGACAAGCUGUCCGACUGCUCUGACUCGGAGGAGAAAAUCCCGGAAGAAAUCAUCGUGGUGGAUGAAAAAUAGCGCCGGAUCCGAAAUACAGUGACACCAAAGCAAACUGGAAGAAUCAGAGGUUAACCCCAAAGGCAGGUGGAUUUGUUUCAUCUCAUAGACAGGCUUCACAAACAGGGAUAUGACAAUUUCAAGCUUUUAACCAAAUACUUUUGCACUUUAUUGUUCUCUAUGCACACCAAGUGCCUCCGAGUACAUUUCAGGCAGACAAAGGAACGUGCGUUCAAAACAAGAGCCUGAGACGACGCCCGCUCAUGACACUAACGUCCCAUGUAUUUUUCAUGGCGCGAUUUUAAGUUAUUGUGACAUAGCAGUGACGCACGUGAAAAGAAUUCCACGAGUUGUGUUAAAAGCCACUUUGAAACAAAAAAGUCAAUCAGCCUUAAAGGAAAACGUAGUGUGUGUGCGUGUGUGUGUUUCUCCAGUAAAUGAGGAAGUCUGCUUCGUAUUUGUCAGACAUUAAAUAAAAAUAAGGUAUGUACAUUAUGUAAAAAGAAUCAAAUCAAACCUUAAAAGUUUCAGCCUGCUGCCUUUACAGCUGAACUAUUAUUUCUAUGACAGAAUGCUUAGGGGAAAAAAAAUCAUGCUUUUGCCUUAAUGUAAAAUAUAAUUUUGUUUGACUAUAUAUGAAAUAUUAAGCGGUGUUAUUCAGGUUUUCAUGGGUUUGUCAGCUGGUUUGAGCAAGCCAGUGAAAGAUGGACUGUAUUCUAGAAAUAUUAUAAAAGCUUUGACCAAAGUAUGUUACUUCUAAUUUUCUCUCAGUACAGACACUAUAUGGAGAUAGAAUAGUGCCAAAAGAAGUGAGGUUGUAAAAUGAAAAUGAUCCCUGUAAAAUGACCAAUUUUAACUAAAAAAAAAAAAAACACUUGUAUUUCCAAAUUUUGCGUUGUAAAAUAAACAUGAAAAAAACUUGAAGGAAUAAAUUGUUCUCCAAGUUUUUCUGUUUGCAAGUAUUUUUUUUGUUCUACAAGUGUUUUUUUCUUCACUCGGGGUUAAAAAUGACCAAUUACAAGUGCACAAGUUUUGUCACAUUCUUGUCGAGUUUUAUGAGCCGAAAAAGAUACUCGUAACCUAGUUUUAAAAUUUUUAAAAAUACCUGUAAAAUGACUCAUUUUAACUUGUAAACAAAAAAAACUUGUAUUUCCAAAUUUUGUGUUGUGAAAUAAACAUGAAAUAAACACAAUGUAAAAAAAAAAUUCUACAAGUGUUUUUUUUUUUCCAUUUACAAGUGAUUUUUUUUUUUUUUUUUGUUCUACCGGUGG